CCUCCGCUGCUGCGCAAAGCCAGAAACGGCAGCAGUGAAGCGACGGGACAGCGGCAGCCACCGCCCGCAUGGAGGUGGAAGCCGGCGCCGUGGCGCGCGAGAGGGAGGCGGAGAUCGAGAAGGCCAUGCGCGCCCGCGUCCGCGACUUCAAGAAGCAGGCCGACUCCUUGACCCUUGAAGGCGUUAGGAGAGCACUGGAAAAGGACCUGGGUUUGGAGAUAUAUUCACUCGAUGCCCAUAAAAAGUUUAUAAAGAAAUGCGUAGACAAGGUUUUUUCUGGUUCUGAUGAUGAGAACACAUAUAAGAAUGCAUCGGAGAAGGCUGAAGCUGGUCAUUUAUCCAAAGAAGGGUUAGAGGAUGUUGAACCGACUGACUCAAACAAAAUGUCCUCCAGUGCUGAUGAACAAAUCGUAAGAUCCAGUGAGACAGAAAAGGAUCCAGAGGGAGAAAAGGAUCAAGCUUGCAGUGGUGAUAUAAGUGAAGACAUGAUAAAAGAAGCCAUUGGCAAAAGGGCUUCUUAUUUUAGAAAGAACUCUGAAAUUCUUACUUUACAAGGAGUUCGUCGGACCUUAGAAGAAGAUCUCAAGCUUGAGAAGAAAGCUUUGGAUGCCUACAAGAACUUUAUUACCACAGAAUUAGACAAGGUUUUGCAAGAACCUGCAAAUGGGACAAAGAAACAUAGUGAAACUGGAUUUCGUAAGGAUGCAGACCAAAAAACAAGCAAAGGCUCUAAAAGAGUCCGCGGAGGCUCUGGCACCUCUAAAUUAAAUGAUAGUCUGAGUGAGAUGGAAGACAGUGACGAGGAUACAAGGCCAAAAAAGAGAAGGGCUGAGAAGGGUAAAGUUGUCAAAAGGCAGAAAAAAGUUGCAGAUGCGAAGAAACUAUCAACUCCAAAGGCUAAAAAGGUAGCAAAACGAGAUCGAGACAGAAGUACACAAGAACAGGGUGGAAUUUCAGCAGAAGAGGAUAAUUCCCAUUCAUCCGCUGAGGAAGAGAACAAGAGAAAACGACAAUCAGCACCAGCUUAUGGGAAGCAGGUAGAACAUCUGAAGUCGAUAGUCAAAUCUUGUGGAAUGAGUAUCCCACCUACUGUGUACCGGAGAGCAAAGCAGGCUCCUGAGAACAAGCGUGAAGCCUGUUUGAUAAAGGAGUUAGAGGAUAUACUUGAAAAGGAAGGAUUAUCGAAAAAUCCUUCUGAAAAAGAAAUUAAAGCAGUGAAGAAGAGAAAGGAAAGAGCAAAGGAACUUGAGGGCAUAGACAUGAGUAAUAUUAUCACGAGUUCUCGCCGGAAAGCCACAUCGAGUUUCAUACCCCUGCCAACACCUAAAAUAGAAGCUGAUAGUGACGAAGAUGACGAUGAAGAUGGUGCAGAAGACGAUGGUGAAGAUGAUGAGGAAAAUGUAGAGGCUGGAGGCAAAGGUGACAAUGACAAUGCAGAAGCUGAAGGAUCUGCUGACGAUGCCGAAAAGGAGAGCGAUUGAUUCGCGUGCCCCAGAUAAGGUGGAAUCAAUUCUGACCAUAUAGGUUCAGCUUCAUGUUGACUCUGUAAAUUCGAUGUGUCUGUGGAUGUAGUCAGUUGUUCAGAGGUUUUAUCUUGUGACGUUUAUUUGUGUGUGAGAGAUGAUAGAGCUUUUAUUUAUUCGGGAAAAAACAUCUGUUAGCUUCAGUGUUGGUGAAACAUUAGGGAAUAUGAUUCUGUAGUCAUGUAUAAUAUCAAAUUUGUCAGCUUAGCAUCUUGUUGAUGA